AAUCGCCAUGUUGAAUUUGCGAUCCCGACAGCUAACCAUAUGCAGCUAACCCGUGCGACAUACUUUACUGGAAAAAUCGGGGAAUUCCGGAAAGAUCACAUUUGGGAACGUAAAAACUUUUCAUUGGAUUCUAUUUACUCAUUUUCAUAAGAUUCGUUACAAAACAGGGCGGUAAUCAUUGCAUUUGAAAUUUGAUCGGUCUGAGUGGGGAUUACAUUAUUACAACGUUGGAAAAUUGACAUACCAGGGAGGAUCAAUGAAAACUUGACGCACAGAUUUUGGGAUUUAAAUUUAAAAUUUGAGUAAUUGGGAAAGUUUAGUUUUUUAUCGUGCUUACGUAAUUUUGCUAGGUAUCAGGAUAGGACGAUGUACAUUUUGAUAACAAAUUGCACAUAUUAAGUGCAAUUAAUUAGCUAAAUGUAGGAGACCAUUCCAGAUUGGCCCUUUCUGAAUUUGUGAAAAAUCUUUUGCGGUUCGUUUCAGCAGAAAUAUUUUGAGUUUUAUACGACUUACGGAAAUUGACUCACACUUGUGUUUUAGGUUUUCACCUGUGUGAAGUUGGCUGUAAUCCAGCAGGAAGCGGAAGAAGUAGUAGUUACAUGUCAAUGGAUCUUUUCCAUGUGUAAAAUUUUGUUAACGUGUCAAUGUUUCAAUGUAAUUACAGAAUUAGCGUACGAAAUAGAUAAUGAAAGCGAAGAGUAUGCAGAUGACGAGUAUGAAGAUGAAGAGUAUGAAGAAGAAGAGUAUGAAGAGGAAGAGUAUGAAGAGGAAGAGUAUGAAGAGGAAGAAUAUGAAGAGGAAGAGUAUGAAGAUGAAGAGUAUGAAGAUGAGGAAGAUUACGAAGAUGAGUACGAUGACGAAGAUGAGUACGAUGACGAAGAUGAUGAAGAUUGCGAAAAUGAGGAAGAUUGCGAAGAUGAGGAAUACUGUGACGAUGAUGAAGAUUACGAAGAUAAUUAUGACGCCGAGCAUGCGCAGUACAGCAACGAGAGGAAUCCCAAUAAUGACGCUUAUUGGAGGGCACGGGGAUGGAAAAAACGACCAGAAAAUUGGAAAGAUUACAUAUAUGCUCCUGAAAAGAAGUCCUUAACCUCGAACAGCACAGCACCUACUAGUCAACACAGUAUGGUUUCUACUAGCGCAGUGCCGACCUGUCAGCAGAGGGCGUCAACCUCUGCGAGCUCGCCCAUUGACCAUCGAGAAGCUUCUGGUAACUCAGCACAACCUGCUCAAGGAACAAAGCUAACUGCUGUUGUACACGAGAACAUAUACUCAGUAGAUUAAGUCGUACUUGUUUCUGUUGUCAAGUACUGUACAUUUUGCUUACUUACGUGUUGUGUUUUUGAUAAUAACAUGGAAGCAUUUUUAUGUUUAUUAAUAUCUCUUUACAGUUUAUAAUUUUUUCAAAAGACUUGUGGGCAUGGUAGGUACGUGGAACAAUAUAACAUUGUGAGCCACAAAAGUAGGUAGAUAUUUUAUUUUUAUAGCUUAUACAUUAGGAAUACCGUGUGUACAA